AAAGCAAGUAGUUUAGCCCCACAAAUAUUUAGAUCUUCGUUUUCUACGUCUUUGAUGAUCCGCUCACAUGGGAUGCUUCUAGAGUUGACGAGCUUCAGCCGUCAACGAGACAUGUGAGCUGUCCAAAAAUAAAUAGAUGUCACAUUAGGUUGGGAGUGGAGCUCGGUGAUAUCAAGCAAGGAUGGUUAGAGUUCUUAUACUCUUCAUGCUUGUAAGCUGUAUGAGAAUCAAAGUUGAAUCUCAAGCUGAAUCUACUGGUGUUCUUUCAGAUUCUGAAAUUGAAGCUCUUCAGGAAAUAGCGCAAGUUUUGGGCAAAAAUGGGACGAACUUCAAUAAGAGCUCAUGCGACAGUAAAUCAAGCUGGUCCACUCCAUGGCCGCCUAAAGCCGACCCCAACAUUUCUGUCAUCUGCAAUUGCUCCUACCCCAGUGGUGAAUGUCACGUCAAUGCCUUAUACCUUAGAGGGCAGGAUCUUGCUGGUAAGCUACCUCGAUCAUUCACAAAGCUGCCUUACCUGAAAGCAAUUGAUCUCUCUCGGAACUGCAUUAGUAAUCCAAUACCACCUGAAUGGGCUUCUGCUAACUUGGAAUAUGUGUCUCUUUCUGUUAACAACUUAUCAGGACCUAUUCCACGCUACCUGGGCAAUUUUACCACUCUCAGAUAUUUGGGCCUUGAGAGCAACUUUUUCUCUGAAGCUAUUCCUCCUGAGCUGGGGAAUUUGAUCAACUUGGAGAACCUGUCAGAAUUUCUUUUCUUGUUGCACAGUAUUGAUUUUCUAUGAUUAAAUGAUAAAGAAACGACGCGGUCUUAAUCUUCCCUUUUGUUCUUGCAGACUUCUUAGUGCUAACUAUCUCACUGGAGAACUGCCCUCGUCUUUUACAAAUUUAUCCAAAUUAACAGAACUGUUAGUGUUUCAGAAGCUUCUAAAUUGUCAGACUUAAAAUUAUAUUAUUAUUAUUAUUAUUUAUGGAGAAGUCUCUGGCACGUGGUGUGCAGAAGGAUUAGCAGUAACAACUUCUCUGGAAGUAUACCAGAUAUAUUUGGAAGCUGGAAACAACUUCAAAAACUGUAAGGAUCUUUAUUUUGUCCAACCCUAUACUCUUCCUAUUACCUUCACGUGAAAGUUUAUUUAUUUAUUUUUUUUUCGGUGGUGGUUGGGGGGUCUGUAAUAGAGAGAUUCAAGCUAGUGGUUUCGAAGGGCCUAUACCUCCUAGCAUUGCAGACUUGAGUUAUUUAACCGAACUGUGAGUUAUUAUUUUUAUUUCAUUUAUUUUCAACUCCUAUUGUAAAUAAUCUUGUUCUUUUCAUAUUUGGAUGAAUUCCUGUUAAAGAUGCUUGUACUUUUGAGAGAUACUUAUGUUUCAAUUUUAUGCAGAAGGAUUAGUGACUUAAGCAGCGGGGAUUCAGAGUUCCCAAAUUUAGAAAACAUGAAAAACAUGACCAGACUGUAAGUAAUUAUUGAGCAAUUCCAGUGCUCCCGAAUCAGACAUUCAUAUUUUUAGAAGUUGUGCUCACAUAAAGUUGGCUCCGCAUAAAUUGCAGCAUGUUGA